AUGGAGUUCCCUGCAGCUUCUGCCCACAGAGAACAUAUCCCCUGGCUGAGGCUCCUACUGGCUGUCUUCCUCUUAACCUUCUGGAUCCCGGCCACCUCUGCGCGAUUUGCUAUUGCCUCAACUAGUGCUGUAGAAGGGCAGGAUGUGAUUCUACAUCUCCGCAAUACACCUCCGAAUGUUAAAGGCUUUAUUUGGUACAGGGGAAUAGAAACGAAGUACUAUAAUUUAAUUGGGACUCUUGCAUGGCAGUUUAGUCGAUAUCUAACAGGUCCCGAAUACAGUGGACGAGAGAAAAUAAACCUUGAUGGAUCCCUGAUCAUAAGAAACGUCACUGUGCAGGACCUAGGAAUUUACGUCGUAGCAGCCGUCCUUCCAAAGUCACGAAGAGUAAUAGGAUUUGGACGGCUCAAUGUAUACCGGCCACUAAGUGUCCCCACACUCCUAGCCAGCAACACCACAGUCACAGAGAAUGAGGAUUCUGUGGUCAUGACUUGCCACACAGAUGAGAGCUCCAUCAACUGGUUAUUCAAUGCUAUGAGUCUGCGGCUCAGGGAGAGGAUGAAGCUAUCUGAAGACCACAGAACCCUUACCAUAGAACCUGUCAUGAGAGUGGAUGCUGGGAACUACCAGUGUAAAGUCUCGAACCCUGUCAGCGCCACUGAAAGUGCGCCUGUAGAGUUAGAUGUCAAGUACUAG